CACCACUCAGAUCAGAUAUUUUUCAUAAGUUGUCCUAUUGUCAGUUUUACACCACUAAGAUCAUCAUGGCUGGAGAGAAGCACCGCCACCACCUCGUCCACCACCACAAGGAAGAGAAGCCUGUCGAGAGAAGCACCACUAAGACCAUCAUGGCUGAAGAGAAGCGCCACCACUACCACCACAAGGAAGAGAAGCACCACCACCACCUCGUCCACCACCACAAGGAAGAGAGAAGCACCACUAAGACCAUCAUGGUUGAAGAGAGAAGCACCACUAAGACCAUCAUGGUUGAAGAGAAGCACCACCACCACCUCGUCCACCACCACAAGGAAGAGAAGCACCACCACCACCUUGUCCACCACCACAAGGAAGAGAAGAAGCACCAGCACCACCUCGUCCAGCACCAGCACCAGCACCAGCACCACCUCGUCCAGCACCACCACCACCACCACCACCACCACCACAAGGAAGAGAAGCACCACCACCACAAGCCUGUCGAGAGAAGCACCACUAAGACCAUCAUGGCUGAAGAGAAGCACCGCCACCACCUCGUCCACCACCACAAGGAAGAGAAGCACCGCCACCACAAGCCAGAAACUUUUGUUUCUGGUGUUGAUGGUCUCAACUUAACUUCCAAUGAAGACUCGUACAAAUCCAAGGCAACUACGAAAUUCAUGGAUUCAAUUGAUGGUGCUAUUGAUGAGUAUUUGACCUUUAACAAUCCCGAGUCAUGCUGUGAGAAGCUUGAGGAUUUGCUUACACAUGGGCACCUUCAGGGGCCACUGAGACCAAAGCCAGAAAAGUCACCUCAAUGCAUAAGGUUACACUUGUUUCAUCAUCAAUCUCUACAUGCAUACACCACACUUGCUUCAGCAUACAGAGUCCGUGCUAGUGACCUCUUGGCUCUUAAUUCUGAAAAUCAUCAGCAUCAUAUGGAAGCUUUCACUCUGAGCAGAAUAAGUGCAGCCUACUCCUUGUUGUUGGCUAUAGUUACGCAUCAUCUUUUUCUUUCUGAAUCUUCAAUAAUUGUCUGUGUUGCGAAUUUCUGGAAAAAUGCCGGGGAGUCCCUAGUUUAUCUCUUUAGAAGCUCAGCCUGGCCUCCUCUCCACAAUCCAACAAACAGAAAAUUACCACCACUCAGAUCAGAUAUUUUUCAUAAGUUGUCCUAUUAUCAGUUUUACACCACUAAGACUAUCAUGGCUGAAGCCUUCCACCACCACAACCCCUUCCACCACCACAAGGAACAGACGGCUGCCGAAGCCGUUGGCUACUCCGACACCACCUACUCUGGAGGCUACGGUGGAGAGCCAGCACAUGAUUAUGAGAAAGAAAGAAAGCACCACAAGCACCUUGAGCAACUUGGUGGACUCGGUGCUGUCGCUGCUGGCGCCUAUGCCUUGCAUGAGAAGCACAAGUCCAAGAAAGAUCCUGAGCAUGCCCACAAGCACAAGAUAGAAGAAGAGAUUGCAGCAGUAGCUGCAGUGGGUGCCGGUGGAUUUGCGUUCCAUGAGCAUCACGAGAAGAAGGAUGCCAAGAAAGAAGAGGAAAAGGCUGAGGGAAAGCACCACCACCACCUAUUUUAGUUUAACCACUCGGAUUUUCAUUAAUCCUUGGGUGGUCUUUUUAAUAUUGUUCCCUUGUCUAUCUUCCAGUAUUGAGCUCGUACUGCCAAUAAUCAUGUUUAAUAAUCUGUUACUCAAAAAAAAAAAAAAAGUGUUGUUUUUCAUUUGAGUUGUGCGCCUGCUUUUGUUGGCGCUGCUGACUUUAUUAGAGUUUGUGUGAAGUGCUGUUGUUAUUAAUGAAAUGUUUGGUUGCAGUAUAAAAA